CAAAAUGUGGACCGAAUACAGAUCCCAGACAUUGGCGUCAAAGACGUGGACUGGGAGUACACCGAAGACCACUCCAAGUGGGGCAUCACCACCGACGACAAGGGCACAGCCUAUACAUGCAUUGCCGACAUUAAUCGUAUGAAAUCUCAGUUCAAGAGAGGCGGCGGUUCCCUGUGUUUCGCUGACGAGAAAGUGUGGCACAUAUUCAAGAAGUCGGUCGAAGGCAUCGAAGGCUGUCACGCGAAGAGCGCUUCCAAUCAUAAGAAAGAUUCUCAUCAUAAGGAGAGUUCUCACCAUAAGAGCGGUUCCCACCAUAAGAGAGGUUAUUAG